AUGUCUCGAUAUUAUACCUCAGACGGCGAAGCAAGCAGUCGUCGAACCGCAAGCGCGCCCAACAGAUUGACUCCUCGAACGACAACUCAGCAUCCCGCAGCUCCUCGACAGGCGGCUCCGACACUCCUUCAAUCCCCGGCAGCUUUGCGGCAGCAGUAUAUGUCCACCAUCUCGGGGUAUCCUCCAAGCAGCAGCCAGUACACUACAUCCCGGCCAUCGGCAGCAACCCAACGGCCAAGUACACACAAUAGCAAGCCGUCCGCGUCAUCAUACACUGCUGUCAACGCUUCUCACAAAGCCCGGACAUACAGCCGCAAGCGCAUCUUGCUCGUUUGGUUUCAGAACCACGACUUCAGCGCGUCGGCCUUGACGAAGGAGGUUACCGAAGUAGCGGCAUUGUUCAGCGAUGACCUGGGAUUCGAGAGUCCGCAAUCCUGCCUCAUCACCGAGUCAGACACGAGCCCGACUAAUCAGCUCAUCACUGCCCUAAAGGCUUUUACGAGAGCAUGCAAAGACAAAAAGGAGCUCUUAGUCGUCUACUACAGCGGGCAUGGACGUGUUCGACCUCGUGGCGGUCUCAAUCUGCAGGGUGAAGGGAAAGCAAAAGACGAUGAAAAGGUGUACUGGAACAGGAUUCAGAAAGAAGUUUUGUUCAAGGUCGACGCCGAUUUUCUGGUGCUCCUGGAUUGUUGUUACGCCGAGAUGGGAGUGAAGGGUCUUCACCGCUACCGUCGUGACUCGAUCGCUGCGUGCGCCAAGGACAGGACUACAGCGACUCCGGGCGAGAGAUCCUUCACCGAAUGUCUGCUACAAGCCGCCAGACAGCUUCUGCCACAUGGCGGGUUCACUGUUCAGCAGCUCUUUGACCGGAUCAGAGUGGUGGCAGCAGAGAUGUGGUACGACGGCGCAAAACGAGCUGAGACGCCUAUUUACAAAGACCAAUGUGGGGACGAAACCGAACACGAAAUCCACUUUGAGAUGACGUCGCCUCCGACCAGCGCGCCUGAUUCGGCCUCCGCAGUUGCGACCAUGCAGCCCGCCGCCGGCAAUCGGCGACGCACGUCUACUCGGCGAGAUCCCUCAAACGACAGCGAUGAGAGCUCGAACGACUCGGAGGAAGACAGCGAGGGCGACGAGGAGGAGGACGAGGAGAACGACCCACCACAGACAACUCAUGGCCAAGCAGGUGCAUCAGACACCGCCUGGCAGCAGCGCCGAGCCCAAGCCCAAGCUGCCUGGAAGCGGAUGUGGGAUGAGGGGCGAACACCGGAGGAGGCUUUCGAGAAACUCGUGGCGACGUGGCAGACAAGCAUGCAUCUAUCAAAGCAGGAUGCUGAUGCUCAGAUACGAUGGCUGUUGGCGAGAUAA